UUGGUGGGUGGGGGGGAAGCAUGGCAGGAGAACCGUGGAACAGGGUAAACAUUGCGUUUCCCGGUGCCGUGUCUAGUGUCCGUGUCCGUUUCUGUUCAACUACAGAUGUACGCGUUAAAGACCUGUUGGUGGAAAAUGAGAUGGUGCUUAAGCUUUUUCGAAGUGAAAUUCUUCAAACGGAAGUACGACUUCUCUACGAGCUGCUGUACGUCCUGAACAACAGCUCCAGAGGCAACAAGACGUUCAAAGGCGUAAAGCAGGUUGAACAAUGCAUAAACAGGCUGAAGAGCAUGAAGCUUGAUGUGGCUCUCCAGGAGCUGACCGACCUGUGUCCCAACAGAAUUCAAAGGGAACUGAGCUUCAAGGCUGGGGAGUGUGAUGUCCCCAGUCAACCCAUGCUGGAGUGGCUAUGUCUCAAAGUGCUGGGAGCCGGCCAGCUGAUGAGCUGCACAUUGAGUCGUUGCAGCAGAGCUUUCGCACUCUCAAAGCAGCAGCUGAAAUGGGAGGAGUUUGUCAUCUUGAACAUGGUGAUAACCAGCAUGCUCAGUCGUCUCUGGGUGAUUUUCCGCGGUAUCCUGGUCAGCCUGUCCACUCUGUACCAGCAGCUCCUGGAGCUCAUCAGAGAAGUAGCCAACGCCCAGCCCAUGCCCUCCCUCAAAGACUUCUCCCUGCCAGCAGAGAUGGCUCAGUUUCUGGGUCCUUCUGAUGCAUUUUUACUGACCAAAAAGCCAGCACAUGAUCACCAUGCUAAAUACUUCAAGGAGCAGCAGAAGCAAAAGCAGAGGGGGCAGAAAUCUUCUGUUAAAGUCAAGAACCAGGGAAAGAUGAUGAAGGUCAACGAAGAUCUGGGUGUUUCUAUUGAAAGAGGUGUAGGUCUUGACACUGACAUGAAGCCCUUUCUUAAGGUUUUCAGGGACUUAACUGAGGGCAAAUCCUUCCCACAGAAAAGACGGAAGGCUGACAAGAACCAAAAGUUCAAGAAACGAGUGAGAGCGGUGACUACUUUCACAGACAUGGCGACCCUUCUGGAAGAAAUGAUUCCGUGGUGUGAAUCCCAGAAGAUGGAAAAGGAAAAACGUCUUUUAACCUUCUUGCUUUUAAAGUGCCAAAGGAUGAAAUGCCUAGAGGCAGCGGGUUACAACGUCCAGAGGAGGUUGCGGACCUUAAGACGGGAAGCCUGCUGGGCUUCAUCUCCUCAAGGGUCAGUGACAAGAGCCCGUCGAUCUUCUGCUGCAGAAAGGGGACAUGCUCGCCUGAGAACUCGUUUUCAGUCACUCAGGAGUCGAUUUACAUCCUCAAAGUACUCAACUCUGAGAACUGUUGUGAAAAAGGAACAGCUGAAAGGACAAAGGAAGAAGAGUAAAUGUGAGACGACAUCUCAGACCACCAGCUGUGACAGCCAUGAUGACAUCGAUGAUAUAUUUGCCUCUGUAGGUUUUUGACGCUUUGGAACAGACGCAUCCAAGGAAACAAAUGACAUAGCUCAGUAUAUGACACUGUUUUGUUUUGAAAGGGAAAAUGGAAUUUGAUGAUUGGACAUUGUAUGAAAUGCUAAAUAAACAGCAACAGUCAUUUUAUCACAGAAAGUAACUAGAAGGGAUUUUUAAAAUGUAAUUUAAUUUUGUUUAAUACUAUGUAAAAAAAAGAAAAGUAGAUUCAAGAGGGAGUGAAUAAUAAGGCAUUCAAACAUUUCAAAUGGAGAAACAUCAGAGCAGGCAAAUCAUAAAGAACAUCUGCUCCCUGGGAUAGUUUUUUUUGUCUCAGAUAAACCUUCAUCGCAGUCAUUUAAAUGGAAAUGUUUUGAGGCAUGUCUUCUUCAACAAAUGUGAACACAAUUAAUCAAAGGAUGCGCUUCAAAUCCUUUGACUGUAAAAAUCACAUAUGCAAGAAAAUAGAUUUUCCAUAUUCUAUAAGCUGUGCAAAAAAGUAGUUUUCCCCUCGUUGUCACAUUUACACAAUGAUGCCAAUAAAAAUGCUAAUCUUCCACACUGUUAA